UUAAUAAAAACCUUUUUACUGUCGGGGUGGUCCGGCACUGCACCGGCUGCUCAGGGGGUGCGGGGGUCACCAGCCCUGGAGGGUUUAAGAGGCGCCCGGAUCUGGCGCUGGGUGAUGCGGUUUAGGGGUUACAGCGGCGGUGCUGGCGGAGGGUUGGACUGGACGGACUGAGCAGUCUCCCGACGUUGCUGCCUCCAUGACUGUGCGAUUCCACGAUCCCGUGGCCCCCGUUCCGCAGUUCCCCGGCUCUGUGACACCGCCGCGCUCACUCAGCCCCUGCGUGCGCGGCCGCCUCACGAGGGGCGGUGCCAUCGCCACGUCCGUGGAGGGGCCAAGAUGGCGGCGGCCGGCGGCGAGCGGCGGGGGCCGGCGGGGCGCGCCCUGUGCUUGCUGCUGCUCUGCGGCUGGGCGCUGGCGGCCCGCGGGCAGGAUUCCCCCGGUCCUGUGAAAGCAGAUAUGCUUACAAGAAAUAUUUCUUCUACAAGUGAGAAUGAAACACUGAGUAGAUCCCAAAAUUUGACAGACAGCUUGCAGAGUUUAACCUCAGCAAGAAAGGAGGCAUUCCCAACAACAGCCAAAAUCAAUUCGAUGGUGGCAGGACAGCCACUUACACCCAAUGGUGACUCUUUGUCACCUGUUGUCCCUGCUAGUCCAGUAUCACAGGUGGAUGUUGAUGCUUCUGAAGAUACUAAAAUUGAGGAAGAAGAUCUUCUAACAGAUUUGAAAGACACACUAAGUAAUUCCCCACCCAUCAUAAAAGAAGCUAUGGAGUCAGAUGGAGAUGACUAUGCGUACGAAAUGACACCGAAUUCCAGAUAUAAUCCAGACCUUCUAGAGAUGCCAGAAGAUGACAACUCUGACACCAUCAGUAAUUACAAUGAGGAGAUCAAGACCCUUGAUGAGAAGAUAAAAGCUGUUUCUAUCUCAGGGUUGGAUGAAGAAGAAGACAGCCACUUCUUUUUUCAUCUGGUUGUAGUUGCCUUCUUAGUAGCUGUUGUUUAUGUCACCUAUCACAAUAAGAGGAAGAUCUUCUUACUGGUGCAGAGCCGAAGGUGGAGGGAUGGGCUGUGCUCCAGGACAGUGGAAUAUCAUCGCUUAGAUCAAAACGUCAACGAAGCGAUGCCUUCCCUGAAAAUAACCAAUGACUACGUCUUCUGAUACACUGGGAUUUGAGCUUAUCUUAGCACUCUUUGCCUGCCAGUUGUGUAAAGAUAUUCAGGUAUUCUAAAUAAGCUGCUUGUAUGGAAAUGAGAUGUACUCUUUUUGACCUGGAUGUUUUGGAGAUUAAAUCUCAUGGAAGAUCAAAGGCAUGAUCCAUCUGUUUGCUACUUUGGUCAGGUUUUAUAUCAACUCUAAAGACAGAGAGUUUAAUAAAUUAGUGCUCUUUCCAUUCGUUAAGCAUCAUUCCCUUCUGUCUGGAGCAGUCUUGAUAGUCAUACUACAAAAAAAUAAGCAUAAAUUAAUAAAUUAAUGACUUUGGCAUCACUAAAUCAAAUUAAUGAUCUCCUUUCUAAUCACUUACAUGGCUCACAAAUUCCACUAUAUUGCAAACUUAAAAUACAAUUACUUUUUUCCAUGCUUAAAUUCUGAUGCUGCAAGUCUUUAAUCUCAUUUUUUCUGAUUCUGUUUUCUUGUUUCAUAAUUUGAUCCUAUUUUGGCAAAAUAGCUAGAAUGGCAAUUUAAUAAUUUCUGUAUGUGUUCAUGCUAUAAAUAAUUUAAAAAUAAUGAUAUAUAAUCCAUUUUAUUUCAGAAGUUUUUUACCAUAUAUUUCCUGAAAUGUUUAGGGUGUUUGUGAAGGUAUGCAGCUUCUUGACUGUCCUUUUUUUUCUCAGAUGCUAUUUAUGACUACUUCACUGCCUCUGUAAUUAAUGAGUAGAAAACAAGCCUUGUUGAAUAAUCUUACUAAUAUAUAGAUAGCUGACAGGCUUUCAAUACAUCAAAGCUUUCUGUUGAAUUUUAAGACAGUUGGGAAAUGGCUAUGUGAUUUGUUAUAUUAUAAAUGGGAGAAACUGUUAGAAUAACUUAUUUGGUUGUUUUUCUGACCCAGGUUACAGAUGGUGAAAGUAAAGGUGUGGGGGCUACCAGUCUGUGGACAGUGCACUCUCAUUUUUGACAAACAUUAAUGCAUUAGUGUAAAUCAAGUUUCUGCUACAGUAGUUUUUUUUGGGAUUUUGUUCAGUUGUUUCUUUUUUAUUUUUAAUUUGUGUUUUGUACUUCCAUUAUUUAUGUUUUCAUGAGUUGUAAAAUAUAAAAUUUUAGUUUUCUGUACAUUCUGUUUGUGAUUUAGUUUUCGGACUGAUACAUUUGUAAAUAAUGGUGAAUCAGAACCCUGUAAUUAAUGACUUGGUAUUCAAGUAGUUAUGUAACAUUUGGAAACAAAUCAGCUUCAUGCCUAUUGGCAUGAGGAGUCUGAAGGCAUGGUACAGUCUUAGGAAUGAAAUGCUAAAAGUUCUAUAUCCUACUGUUAUAUGCAUUCUUUUUAUAAGUACAGGAAGUAAAGCACAAACAAAAUAUCCCAAAACUCUUUUCUUGCAGUAAUUUUUAUUGUAUUUGGACUUGUAUCACUUAAUAUUUUGAAUAAGGUUUUUAAAAUAAAUUACAAUAAUAAGCCUGUG